AUGCAGUGUUUACAAAAAUAUUGCGGCUCGCCGAACAGAUUGGUGGAACGCGGCCUGGAUUUGCAUCUGCGUGCAAAACGCGCCAAAGAUUGUCUGCGUUGGGGUUCUCUGAAUGUAGUGUUGCUAGCGAUACUGCUUUUCGACAUAUCUAAUCAGUGUCCAUAUGCGUACUCCAAAUGGUACUAUGCAGAAUAUUUGGCGGCUGCGCUAUCGGGACUUGGAGCAUUUUCAUGCUUCUUAAAGUACUUUCUCUACCUAUUCCAUACAAAUCCUAUAUUGGGUACAAAGGAACAGAAAAACUUGCUCAAGUUUGAUGAGUGUGAUUCCUCAUUUGUUGUUACACCACCAGCGCAAAGAAAAAAGCAAUCAUGCGAUGAUUUGGCGCCUAGUCAAAUCAACAACACUCUUCUAAGCUGGCAUUCAUCGUUUAACGACUCUCGCGCUGCAAUGUCUCACAACUGGAGUUACAGCCGCACUACGCCGCCACGUACCAGCUUUAGCCCGCAGCAACAAACGGCACCGCAUAAUGCGUCCUGGAAUUCUUCUAUGGGCAACAGAUCACUGACGCUUCCAGCAAAUACUGGUGGUUUAAACAAUACCAAUCCCAUGAUCGAAUCUUAUCCUAAAUACAGGCGUGAGGAGCUGAUAACCGAUAAAGAGACCCUAAAACAAUAUCUAAAAGAAUUUUCUAUGCAUGAGCAAAGCAUGAACGACACAGCCGAUGUGAGCCAUCACUAUAAUACAGGUUCAGUGAAUUCAUUCUGGAACUAUUGCAAUACAGCAGCAAACAUGCUAAAAACUUCCAUUUAUCAACUGGCUCCAAUGACAACACCUUCCAUACCCAGUAAACAAUCAGCAAGCGAAGAUGGUGGCCUGAAAUUUAUGGAUAGCAAUUCGGAGAUUAUAAGACGUAUUUCAUCUGAAAAACUAUCGCAAUAUGUGGCCAACUUGAGAAGGUGGAUGUCUGCAACCAUUCUGGAGCGUUUAGCUAAAGAAAUUAAAAACAUAGAUGAGUCAUUUAAGAAUCGUGGAUUCGCUGAUAUGCGUAUGGGUGGCAUUGGACUGGAGCGCCUAAAGAAAACUGUUGAAAACCAACAAUUUGUUAAUCAGUACAUGCCAAUGUUGCCAUUGAUUCUGCCAUUUUUGGAAAUGUCUAGUAAUCAAGAGUAUCUAGUACAGCGGAUUAAAGAUUUGGCAGAAGGCUCUUGCAUAGCUGACUACCGUUGGAACUCAGGUGCAGCUUACCAUGGUCUAAAAUGGGAUGAGCAUCUACCCACUGAUUCGGCUAUAUUGUUUCACCUAUUUUGCGUUUACAUGGAUAGUCAACUAAUGCCUCUGCCACAAGGUGGUGGUCGCCCCUUCUUCAGUCGUUAUGUGAUAAUAGGCAAGGAGAAACGUUCUGCCAAGGAAACGGUAGCGCUUGUUCAAAAUAAAGCACACUGCGCUAUACUAUGUACGAACCCGCAGAAGCCACGUUUUAAUUUCAUAAGUGAUAAAGAAAUUCAUACAUGCGCCUACGAUCGUAAUAAUCUCUUCUAUGUGAUCAUACAAUUUUUAAUCUACAUGAAGACCCAUCAGGAAGGUGCGUUGGAAGGUGUCAAUCUUGGUAAAAGCGGCAUUAAUGUCUUGUGUGUCAUCGAAAGCUGAACAUCGGAUUUAGCCAAGUAAUUUUUACUCUUUCCUCACUCAUACUCAUACAUAUGUAAGUCGUAAGCAUUAUUAUAAUAUGAAUACAAUUACACUUAAGUAACUAAUUAAGACUUGACAUGUGGAUUGAAUUAAAUCUUAGACUACAUUCUACUGUUUUAA